AUGUCAGGAGUCCCCAAAGAGAGUGCGGGGCCUCGAGUCCUACCAACAUUGGGAAAGGCCUGCUUAACCUCUAUGGACAAAAAGCUCAACAUGCUGAAUGAGAAGGUUGACAAGCUCUUGCAUUUUCAAGAAGAUGCCACAGAGAAACUACAGUAUAUAUACAAAAGCAUGGGCCACCUGGAACAAGGCUUGCACCGGCUAGAGACUUCUCAAGGUCUGGGUCCAGUGGAGAUUGACCCCACAUCUGCAACUGCUGCUCAGCAGGUCGGGUGGCCAGAGGUCCUGGAGCUGGUAAAGGCUGUGCAAAAGGAUGCUGCCCAACAUGGUGCCAUGCUUGAAGCCCUCUUCAGGAUGAUGGUGGCCAUGGACAAAGCUAUAGCCUUGGUGGGGGCUGUGUUCCAGAACUCAAAAGUGGUGGAUCUCAUCUUGCAAGGGACUGUCCCCUGGAGGAAAAGCUGUCCAGCCACUGGUGGCCAUACAGAGAAUAAAGAGAGAGUGGAAGAGAAAAAAGCAAAAUCCAAGCAUGUGCUGAGCAACAGAGGUGUGCAAGCUGAGAUCACAGGGCCUUGGAAAGAAAGCCAGACAGCAGAUCUGGCUGAGGGGACACUGGAGAAGCUGACACCCAUUGCUUCAGGGAUGGGAUUUGACCUUCUUGCCCAGCCAGAGGGAUCUCCAGAACAGGGGGAUGGAGUUCCUGGUUCAGCUCAGCUGCCCUUUGGCCACCUGCUGCUGCCCAUAGAGGUGGAAGCCAUGGCUUCUGGGACAUCCAGUGAGAACCAAGGGAAUGACCCCGAAUCGUCUGAGGCACCUGACAGGGUCCAAGAGUCAUCCACUCACCAGGAGGCGUUACUGAAUAUGGAACAAGGCACAUUGUUUGCCAAGCCUGAUCCUCAAUCGUCAGAGGACUCCAUGAGGCUGACUUCAGGGCUGCCAGCCAAGGCCAAAGCAGACAACAGCGGAAAACUAUGCCCAUGGAGCUCCACCCAUGAGCAAGAGAUGGAUACCCCAGAGGAUCUGUUUGUGACACAAGGGGACUGUCUCAGACACACACUACCUACAGAGGCUCCAACUGCUGCCCAUUCAAGUGAGCAGGACCUACUUGGGUCCAGAGGCUGCUCCCAGGUCUCUGGGACUGAUUUUGGAAAUCAGAUCCCAAAAGAAGACAGCAAGUUUUCCUUUCUGCUGAAGACUAGCAGCAAUGAGGGAGAAAAUGCUGAGGAGCCACAGGCGCCUGAGGCAGAGUCCACCAAGGAGCCAAGCAAGACCAGGAUAGAUAAGGGAGAUGAUACCAAAGUCCUAGGCCUGAAGCAAGACAAAGGCCCAGCAGCAGAAAACUUGGAUCCUGGAAAGGACUAUGCAGCCUGCACGGAAAGAGAGGAAGCAGGAAGGAUGUCCUUGGGGACUGAGGCUGAAACUGUGGUUUUGGAUGAUAGUCCAGCCCCACCAGCUCCUUUCGAACACCGGAUGGUGAUUGUCAAGGAGACCUCGAGCUUGACAGAUUACACAAUAUGCCAGCAUGAAGUCUUAGGAGGGGGGCGGUUUGGCCAGGUGCACAGGUGCACAGAGAAGUCCACAGGCCUCAUAUUGGCAGCCAAGAUCAUCAAAGUGAAGAGCACGAAGGAGCGGGAGGAUGUGAAGAAUGAGAUCAAUAUCAUGAACCAGCUUAGCCAUGUGAACCUGAUCCAGCUUUAUGAUGCCUUCGAGAGCAAGAACAACUUUACCCUCAUCAUGGAGUAUGUGGAUGGUGGUGAACUCUUUGACCGAAUCACAAAUGAGAAGUACCACUUGACUGAGAUGGAUGUAGUCUUGUUCACCAAGCAGAUCUGUGAGGGUGUGCAUUACCUACAUCAGCACUAUAUUCUACACCUGGACCUCAAGCCGGAAAACAUACUAUGUGUCAAUCAGACAGGACAUCAAGUUAAGAUCAUUGACUUUGGGCUGGCCAAAAGGUAUAAACCUCGAGAAAAGCUGAAGGUGAACUUUGGCACUCCCGAGUUUCUUGCUCCAGAAGUAGUUAACUAUGAAUUUGUCUCCUUCCCCACUGAUAUGUGGAGUGUGGGAGUCAUCACCUACAUGCUACUCAGCGGUUUAUCUCCAUUUCUAGGGGAAACAGAUGCGGAGACCAUGAAUUUCAUUGUGAAUUGUAACUGGGAUUUUGAUGCUGAUACUUUUGAAGGGUUAACAGAGGAGGCCAAAGACUUUGUUUCUCGAUUGCUAAUCAAAGAGAAGAGCUGCAGAAUGAGUGCCACACAGUGCCUGAAGCAUGAGUGGCUGAAUAAUUUGCCUGCCAAAGCCUCAAAAUCUAAAAUUUGUCUCAAAUCUCAAUUAUUACUUCAGAAAUACAUGGCUCAGAGGAAAUGGAAGAAACAUUUCUACGUGGUGACUGCUGCCAACAGAUUAAGGAAAUUUCCAACUUCUCCCUAAUAUUCAAC